UACUUAUUCAACUUCAUUAUCUCCAGACACAGGUGCGCAGCGUACAGGAUCACUUUACUAAUCUGAAACUACUACAUAUAUAACUGAAAUGGAGAAUGAAGGUCAACGUUAGCAAAACAGAAUCAAUUUGCUUUAGACCACCACAGCAACGGCUCUAAGAAUUUUGAUUAAACGAAAAUACGUCUACUGUGCUGUGGCAAGAAAGGUAUUCAUUGGAAAUAGAAUUCUUGGCAGAAACUGGGGACCAAUUCCAAUGUGGAUGUAUACCGCCAUUGUCAGACCCAUUCUGACUUAUGGCAGCUUAGUCUGGUGUCAAGCUCUGGAGAAAUCCACGAACUUGAAGACCCUAACCAAAGUACAAAGAACAGCAUGCAUUAGUACUACGGGGGUGAUGAAGUCCACUCCAAACGCAGGUUUUGAGGCAAUCCUUAAUCUCACUCCCUUAGAUCUAUUUGUACAAGAAUUAGCAGCAAAUAGUGCCCUACGACUUAGUCAAACCAACAUUUGGAGUACUAGUCAAAGCGGUCAUACCACGAUCCUCUCUAACAACGUUGAUAACAACGUAAGAACAGACUACAUGACCCCUUACUUAGACUUCAACAAGUCUUUUAAUGUCAGUUUCCCCAACAGACAAGAUUGGGAAAACAGUGUACCUUUCUCAAAUGAGUCGACUAUCGCCAUCUUGACUGAUGGCUCGAAAAUGAACACUGGGGUUGGUGCAGGUUUCUACUCAGAAAACCUCAACCUUGCCAGUUCCUUCAGACUCCCCGAUUACAGCAGCGUCUUCCAAGCCGAGAUACUGGCAGUGAAAAAUGCUGCUACACAAAUAUCCAUGAUGCCGAUAUCACCUGCUGACAUCACCUUUUUCAUUGAUAGCCAAGCGGCAAUAAAAGCGAUUUCUGCCACCUUAAUCAAGUCAAAGCUUGUUUCUUGCUGUCGCGAAGAGCUUAGGGUUCUUGGUAUGCAGCAUAAUGUAAGACUCUGCUGGGUUCCCGGCCACAGAACCCCACAAUGUGAAAUGAAACGAAAUAUCGUCGAACAUAUUUUUCAAAAAACAAAUGAAAGAUGGAACCUCCUAGAAACCUGCUGUCACACCAGGAAACUUUGGCCAAAUUACGACGAGAAAAAAUCUAACAAGAUCUUACUACUCAGUAAACCUUCCUUAAGAUCCCUUAUAGGUGUCUUAACGGGACAUAACCUACUGGGCUACCAUAAAAAGAAAAUAGGGCUUAGCACAGAUGACCUAUGUAGAGGCUGCGGCAAUGAGGACGAACAGGAAGACACUACUCACUUCCUCUGUCACUGUCCAGCACUCUGCCGCACUAGAAAGGCAUUUUUAGGGAACUUCUUCUUUAAUGAAUUAGAAGAACUAUCAGAACUGUCAGGCCACAGCCUACUGAACUUUGUCAAGUCUACAAAAUGGCUUGACAAUCCAUAG